AAAAAAGAGUUUUAGUACUCAACAUUUUUUGCAUCACGCUUUAAAUACAUCUGCCAGGGCUUGUGCUUUCCAUAUUCCUUCCGUCUCUCUAUUUCUCUCUCUCUAAUCGCAUGGCUUCUACUUGCUUAGACUCCACCAUCCAUGCCACCUCCUCUCCAGCUCUCCCUUCCACCAUCCACAUCGCAAUUCCUACCACCAUGAUCACUUCCCCACUUUCCACUACCGACAACUAUUCUGCUCGCUCUCAAUGGCUUCGAGCCGCCAUCCUCGGCGCCAACGAUGGCCUCAUAUCAAAUUCUUCUCUCAUGCUAGGUAUUGGCGCCCUCAAUCAAUCCUCCCACGCCAUGCUAAUCUCCGGCUUCGCUGGCCUCAUCGCCGGCGCCUUCAGUAUGGGCAUCGGAGAAUUUGUCUCUGUUUAUGCUCAAUACGACAUCGAGUCCGCACAACUAAAGCCACAUAUUAAAACCAAUAAGGAAAGCCUUCCCAACCCAUGGAAGGCUGCCGCCGCCUCUGCGAUUGCUUUUGCGUUUGGCGCUGUGCUGCCGUUGCUUGCUGGCGGGUUUAUUCGGUCAUGGGUGGAACGGGUGGUGGUGGUCGGGGUGGUUAGUAGCAUAGGGUUGGCUAUGUUUGGUGCUGCCGGAGCAACGAUGGGUGGCGCAGCCGUGGGGAAGGCGGCCGGGAGGGUUUUGGUGGGUGGAUGGAUUGCUAUGUUGGUGACUUUUGGUAUUUUGAGGCUUUUUGGGCUUGUUUUUUAUGUGAAUAUUUCAAGUGGUGCAUAAAGGGCUUUUUAUUUUCUUACUUUUCUUUCAUGAUUAGUAGGGACUAAAGUUUGGUCAGUGGAGGGAGGAUUAAUUAUUCUGUGUAGAUGCCAAAUGCUGUCCGAAAACCAAUCAGAUUGCGCCUCGUCACUCCUGUGCUCGAUACCGUGGUUCGGUACUCCUCGAUACCAUGACUCUAUACCGCUGACGUGACACAAUUUGGUUGGUCUCUGGAUGACGUUAUGCGUCCGAUUUCCACAUAGAAUAAUUUCUCCAGUGGGAGUAUGCUUUAUAUGAGCAUCAAAUGAAUAUAUGAUAUUGCUUUGUAUGGUUUUAGGUUGAUUGAAGUUAUGA